AUGGCCAAAUCACCAAAAAGAGGAUCCAGCAAUGUACGAGAUGAAAACAGCGCAAAAAAGCCGAAAACGGAGCCCUCGGACACGGUUUCAAAUGGGGAAGGACCUGCAUUUGAAUUGGGUGCUGGCAGUCGACAUGCGAGUUUAGAUCCCGGAUCAUCGGAUUUUUCAACAAACUUGCCGACCCCGUUUGAUAAUUUGGAUGAAGAAGAAGGUCAGGACGCGAAUUUGCCGGAAAGCUCAGCUCCUGCGACGAAUUUAGUUGACAUGCCUAAGAAGAGUGACCAAGGUCUUGCAUUGCCACAAAAGACUAACAAAAAGUUGGGAAGUGUGCAGAAUCAGGGAAGCGGCACUGGACAGAGCUCUUCGAAAAUCACGGAUCCUGAUAAAUUAAGCGAUGCACUUUUGUCGGCAGGUGUGGACAUUCGCGAAGAAGAAGCGUUGUUGAGUUCUACGGUGAGCAUGGGUAAACCCGGCGCCACCGCAGCCAACACGCAGAUUCCAAGCCAUCCUCCAGUGUUGCAUCCAGCGCAUGUGGCUGGGUACAUGAAAAAGGUUGCUGGUGAACAGAAUUUCUACCAGGAUUUCAGCAAAUCGACCGAUGUGGUGGGGAUGGUUUCUGCCGCGUGUGAAACGUUUAUGCGAGAUAUCAUCACGAACUCACUGGUCGUAUCGAGGCACCGCAGGCGGUCGGUCAAGUUGAAUGUUGGCAGGAAAAGUGAAGUCUCGCGUCUUUUGCGGGAUCUCGCUGUCAAACAGAAGGAGCAAGAAGAACGAAGAGUCAAGAGACGGAUUGCCAUGGGGCUAGAAAAGGAGGCCGCUGAAGAUAAGCUCGAGACAGAAGAGACUUUGCAUCGCGCUUCGAACGCUACGGCGAACAUGAUGAUAGCAGGCGGCAAGAAAAAAUACAGUUGGUUGAAUGCGGGUAGCAAGAAUACCAACAACGCAGUGAAAGUCGUCGGAAAAGUCUCCUCUGACGUUGCCGCGAGAGGCGAAAUCGGUAUUCGUUACAGAGAAGCGAGAGAGGAACCCGGAAUUGUUAUGCGUGAUCUCAUGAGUGCUUUGGAAAAUCGACGUAUGGGCGUCAGUUCGGUAAUAUCCAAGGGCUACGCAAGGAUACGCGAUUAG